CACUCAGAGCCUUAUCCAAUUCAUAAAAUGACAGAGAAACAAAGGCACACCAUAAGAAGAGAUGGGCAGAGAGGUCAGCAUUCAACCCCAUCACCACCUACACAUAUUUGAAAAAGAAAACCAUCAAAAUGUUAAGCCUGGCUGCCAUUGUUCCGCAACUCAAUCACCCAUCCUUCUCUUUUGCUCGCUCUGACUUCAGUGGCGCCAAGCUAGCUGCCUCUCCCCAGUUAAUUAACACAGGCCUCUCUCAGUAUAAAAGGAAGGCAUGUGGGAAGCUGCAGGUUUCGGCAAGUUCCAAGAAGAUCCUUAUAAUGGGAGGCACCAGAUUUAUUGGUAUCUUUUUGUCCAGACUUCUUGUCAAAGAAGGCCAUCAGGUUACUCUGUUCACAAGAGGAAAGGCCCCAAUUGCACAACAGUUGCCAGGAGAAUCGGACAGUGACUUUGCUGAUUUCUGCUCCAAGAUAUUGCACUUGAAGGGAGAUAGAACGGACUAUGAUUUUGUUAGGAGAAGUAUCUCUGCUGAAGGUUUGGACAUUGUGUAUGACAUAAAUGGACGGGAAGCAGUUGAAGUGGAACCCGUAUUGGAUGCAUUGCCUAAUCUUGAACAGUACAUAUACUGCUCCUCAGCUGGUGUUUAUCUCAAAACUGAUUAUUUGCCCCACUACGAGACUGAUGGAGUUGACCUAAAGAGCAGGCACAAAGGGAAGCUGGAGACAGAAAGGUUAUUGCAAUCACGAAGCAGCGUUAAUUGGACUGUUAUAAGACCAGUCUAUAUAUAUGGUCCCUUGAACUACAAUCCCAUUGAAGAGUGGUUUUUUCACCGCCUCAAAGCCGCCCGCCCAAUCCCCAUUCCCAAUUCCGGAAUGCAAGUAACCCAACUUGGUCAUGUUAAGGAUCUUGCAAGAGCCUUUGUUCAGGUUCUUGGUAAUGAUAAGGCAAGGAAACAGGUGUUUAACAUUUCUGGAAAUAGAUAUGUUACUUUUGACGGAUUAGCAAAGGCAUGUGCGAAGGCUGGUGGGUUCCCUGAGCCAGAUAUUAUUCACUACAACCCAAAGGAGUUUGAUUUUGGUAAAAAGAAAGCAUUUCCAUUUCGUGAUCAGCAUUUCUUUGCAUCAAUUGAGAAGGCAAAGAGUUUGCUGGAGUGGAAACCAGAAUUUGGGCUGUUUGAAGGUCUUACAAACUCAUACAACCUAGACUUUGGCCUCGGAACCUUUCGCAAAGAAGCAGACUUCUCCACGGAUGACUUGAUUCUCGGGAACAGUCUUUUUCGCUAGAGUUAGCCACGGCCUUCGGUUUCUUUCUUACCUUAAGGAACUCUUUCCAUUGUGCAGUUUCUUCAUUAAAAAGAAAAAUUACGAAACUUGUCACCUUGAGUUGAUGUAAAUGAAAUAAUAAAUGCUUCUAGAUACAGUUAGUUUUCUAUUUACCAGUUCUAUGAUAUUAGGAAUUUUAUCAUUUAGGGACCUCAAAGUUGAGCAUUCUAUCAUUUAGGGACCCGAAAGAUAAACUCUAUCAUUUAGGGACCUAUAGUAUUAGAAUCUCUCAAUUUAAUGCUCAAAAUUUUAACACCGUUAAAAUACAACUUAGAGAGUCUGAUGUGGCGCCACAUAAGUAAAAAACAAAUACAUAUUUAAUAACGAUAUAAAGAAUUAGAAAAUAUACUACGUAUAAGCUUAAACUUAUACGCAGCCGCCUAUCCCAGACUCUGCUGCUUCCUUCUUCGUUGCUUCCUUCUUCGCAUACAAGAUUCAGCAAUUCUCAUCAAAGAUGGCAGCUGAAAAUGAUGACUGGAGUUUAGAUGAAUAUAAUAGCGAUGAUGACAAACAACCAGCAUGUUGGUCACAUGCCACCAAUGAUACUUUUUAUAAAUUUCGUGAUACAGGUGACUUAUCUGAUUUCUCUGAGCCAGCUACGAUAGAAUCUUUGGCAGAAUUAAGGAGCAUCCAUGAUUCUGAAUCUCCAACAAAUGCAGACGAAGCUGACUCUGCACAUAUUCAAGCAGCUCCCGGGGAUGUCAACUUCAGGUUGGAACAAUCAUUUGCAUCUAUAGAUGAUUUUUACGAAGCUGUUAAAACCUACGGGGUUCAAAAUAUGUAUAAUCUGACCUUUUUGAAGAAAGAUAAGAUAAAAUGUCGUGUAAAGUGUGUGAACGAUUGCCCGUGGCUUAUAUACUGUUCCAAAGUUGGAUGUUCAGAAACUUAUAAGGUCAAAACAUUUAUCUCAAGUCAUACCUGUCAGAAAGAGGGAGUGAAGGCAAAUUUUGCUGAUACCAAGUGGUUGGGAAAUAAGUUAAUUGAAGACUUCAGAGAACAUCCAAACAUGACAGGUCCGGAAGUGAAAGAUCUUAUAUAUAAGAAAUGUAAUGUCAUGGCUAGUAUUGCAAAGGCUUAUAGAGUAAAAGCAUAUGCAUCACAAUCACUUCAUGGCAAUGUUGCUCAACAGUAUUCUAAAUUACCUAAUUAUUGUGCCGAGUUACUGAAGACCAACCCUGGAUCAACAGUUGAAUUAAUUUGUCCAAAACAUGGUGAGAAUGGACCAUCAAGAUUUGAUAGAAUAUAUGUAUGUAUAGAUGCAUGUAAAAAGGGGUUUAUAAAUGGAUGUCGUCCACUAAUUGCACUAGACGGAUGUCAUCUAAGUGGAUACUAUCGCGGUCAGCUUCUUGCAGCGGUUAGUCUUGAUGGGAACAAUGGUCUAUUCAUUGUAGCUUAUGCUAUUGUUUCAUCUGAAACUAGAGAGACAUGAGUUUUUUUCAGUAAUAGAAAGGUAGAUACCUUGAGGAUGUUUACCUGUUAAACAGCAGGUUGCAGGUCACCUAAGACUAUUUUGAGAAGGAUACCUCUUAAAUUCAGAUUCUUUUGGAAUUACACAUACAUGACAUUAAUAUGAGAAGAACCCAUUUAGGUGGGAUUAUUGAUGUGAAUUUUUCCUUGUAAAAAUCCAAAGUACUCUACUAAAAUCCACCAAAUGAGAUCAUGAUAAGCCUAAAAGAAACUAAGAAAAAUAUACAUAUACAGAAUCCAUAUAAUUCAAAGUUUAGGACAACUUGAUGUUGAUGAACCUAUAAAAUUCUACUCUCAAAAAGGGAAAAAGAAUAGAUAUAUACAAAAUCCAUAUCAUUCAAAGUUUAGUCGAUUACCUUGACUUUUUAAUAAAAUUGGAUCUGAUUUAUAAUUUAAUAACACCAAGGACUAGAAAUUCUAAAUCUCAUUAGAAGAAUCUUGCAAUAAAAUUCAGAUGCAUCCAACCCAAAGAGGACAUAACACUUAUUUUCCCAUGAAGAAGCUAUUGAGAGAGGCUUUACGUAUUCAAGCAUCUUUUAAGUUGGGUGGGGGAUUUAUCAAAUAUGCGACCUAAUUUUCUUAUAGAGAGAAAAGGAAUAGAGUUAAUUAAGAAGCAGAUGUCAUACCGUCUCUCCUUUUUGCGGACAAAAUUUAUCGGUAAACUAAGCUCUGAUUUCUCUUCUCAUAAUAAAGUAACAGGGAGGCAGUGUCGGGGAAGACGAAGCUCUUCGAAGGGAAACAGUUGACGAGAACAAGCAAAUCAUUCUUUGUUUUUGGUACUCUAUAAAUGGAUGAGUAUUCCCGAUAUCACUCUUGGCUUUGGCGCCGUGGAAGGUCUACAUCUCUCUUGCGCUUCACCUGUUUUCUCAGAUAUCUUUGAAAGACAGUUUCGAUCCGCGAAGGUGAGGGUUGAAGAUGAAGAGGUCUGUAGGUGAGGUAAGAUGAAUAGAAUUGUGGAGUUUCUGGCUGUCGGUGAAAAUGUAAGGAUAAGACAUCAUUAAUCAACUUUACGUUGAGAUGGAAUAGAAGAGCAAUGAUUCAGACUGAUGAAGUGGCAGUUUUAUUUACGAAACAAUAUUUUUUUAAUAAAUCAAGUGCCACAUCAGUUUGUCGUUAGAAGCAGGUUAACGGUGUUAAAAUUUUGAGCAUUAAAUUGAGAGAUUCUAAUACUAUAG